AAUCAUCUUGAUAUGCUAUCUCCCGCCGCCUGAGCCAGGCGUGUGACGUAUCAACAACAGCAGCGUUAUGUCUUUCCUCGCCCUUUCUCCCUUCCCAACUCCCUCUCUCUUGCUUGCGUUAAAUACUCUGUUCACGGACGAAUAAACGUUCUUUUCCAGUCCCCCAGCGCUGGUCUCGUCAGUCGUCCACGCACCGUAUGUGCGCUUGCUACGCAGCAGUGGCGACGAGCAAGACAGGAACCCAUGCACUAAAAGAAGAUCACGGCGAGCAAAGCCACGGUACGGCCUUUCAAGAACCUGCAGCAAUGACAACGCCAGCCUUGGCUCACCACCAUCUUCCCGAGUAUGACGGCGAAAGGGACAACUGGAGAGCGUACGUCAUCAAGGCAGAAGCUUAUUUCGAGGCAACGGGAGUUACCGACACAGCGAGAAAAAGGGCGUUGCUCGUAGCAGCGUUAAACACAAAGACUGUGCAGAUCCUAGCGGGACGAGUCGCUCCGAAGAAACCCAACAGUCUGACCUACGAAGAAGUAGUUGCAACAUUGAAUGAAUAUUUCGACCCAAAGCGCCACGAGAUCACCGAAAGCUUCCGGUUCUUCAAUCGAUGUCAGCACGAAGCUGAGCAACGCAGGGUCACCUAUUCUUCACAUGACUGCGGAAGCCGGAUCGCCAACGAGUCUCCCGGCCGCGGACGACAUCGCCAACGAGUUUCAAGACGUCUUCAGUGCGGAACUCGGCUGCAUCAGCGGUCCCCCUGUACACCUUCAACUCAAGGAGGGAGCUACACCAAAGUUCUAUCAUCAGCCGCUCCUGGGCCUGCUGAAAGCGGACAAGCCUACGCCGGCGUUGGCCGCAGCCCGAAUACAGCGCUGGGCUCUCUACCUCGGUGGAUUUCGCUACAAACUUCAGUAUUCGCCCGGGUCAACCCAGGAGACGGAAGAGUGGACACUGCCGCCCGACACAGCCGUGUACGCCCGUAACUACGGCCAGGGGGAGAAAUGGACACCAGGGAAAGUGCAGUCCACUACAGGGUCACGCAUGGUCACCAUACAAACGCCUACUGGGGUGGUUCGACGUCACAUAGACCAAGUGCGUUCCAGGCCGAGCCCGGCAUCCGCUCGGAGCGGCGUUCGAGACCAAGACGAGGGGAGCCCUUCGGCUGCAGCUGCGCCCGCACCGACCGACAACGAAGGCGAUUUGAACGAGCAGCCUACAGACCAGGUGGCGCCGGCACAAGCGUCGCCGCCUAUCCAGAAGGCGCAGAAACCCCCUCAAGCUUUGCGACGAUCUACUCGGGAAAGGAAGCCUGUACAGCGUCUUCAAUACUAAGGGAGGAGAAAUGUUGUAAAUCAUCUUGAUAUGCUAUCUCCCGCCGCCUGAGCCAGGCGUGUGACGUAUCAACAACAGCAGCGUUAUGU